GCAAAAUAAACCAAAUCAACACAUUUCCAUUAGUGAUCCCUCUCUUCAUUGAUUGUAGGGCUUCAAUUUUAUUUAUUUAUUGAAGUUUCCUGGUGUUCAUAAUCUGAUACUCCCAGUGCUCCCUUUCCACUAGAUGUUUGGAAGAAUACAGGAAGCUAGUCUACUUAGGGAAACAUUGAAAUGGAUAUGGCCUCAGUGUUUCCCCUUAUAUCACUACCAGUAAAAAGGCUGGAUAUUUGUAUCCCCCCCCCCCAUUAAUCAGAGUUGAACAUUUAGAAUAUCUGUGUGGAAGGGUUUGCCCUCAGAACCUCUUUGUGUGUCUCACUUCUUUAACUCCAUCCCUGAUAGAUCUAGAAAAUGUCUUAGGUUCAGCAGUUACACUCACAUGGCAUAGUAUGAUGAGCUCUGAACUAAGCCGGACUCCACAAACACACAAGGGUUGCACUGCUACAAAAACGGAUCUUUGCAUUGUUCGCACUUCUUUGUAGACAAACCUGCAAGAUAACCGCACUAUGGUCUUGAUCAGCAAAGGAGCUGAGAUCAUCCGUUUCAAGAAGGAGAAGAUUGAGGAAUUUUCUGACGAAACCACAAUAGCAAAAUUAUCCAAUAUCAAGAUUAAAUAUCCCAGCGAUGAUGAGCUGUGCCAGGUCUUUCUCCGACAGAACUCCUGGGAAAUGUUUAAGAAAGACCUUGUGGAUCUUGUGAUGCAGCCCAAGCUCAUGAAGAUGGUGUAUCCUCCCCACCCGUGCCCCACGGAUGAAAUCUAUGGCGCCUGGUGCAUGAAUCAAGCAGGCAUCUUGAAUCUCAUCCCCUUGCGCAGUAAGAAAGAGCCUCCCCCAGAGGAAUGCAGAUACGUUCCUAGCCACUCCAGCCAUGACAAGGAAAGCUUGCCGAUGAUUCAGCCCAAAUUGAUUCAUGGGAUCCAUGUGCUGCGUUCCAAUUUGGAUGGAGCAUUUUAGUGAGUUCUGCAAGUUUUACAGGCUAGCAGCACAGAAUCAAUUCCGAAAGGACCGGAAUGAAGCAACCAGAGUCACCUCUGAGCACAUCUCACAUCAGAAGACAUCAUUCCACAAGACAACCUGUUUUGCUGAAUGCCAAAUCCUUUUGUGGUCAUUCAUGGAGCCAAUAAACAGAAACCAUUCUUCAA